AAAUGACACCAUAUCCGAGCUCUUUACCGAUUAUAAAAAAGAAAAAAGAAAACUAUAGUAGUAGUUGAAAUCUGUGAGUUUGUCGGAUUCAACUUUCGCUCGUCACUGAUGACGACCAUGAUUUCUUACCCCUUACGAAAAUGGUAGGUAUAUCAUGUGCAAGGCGUAGAAAGAGAACAGUAGUGAAAAUAAAUGGAGACUGUUCAAAUCACAGUAACAGCAUCUUGUGCUGCCAUAAUAAUUACUCUAGUGGUGUGUAUAUGGAGAGUGCUGAAUUGGGUUUGGUUCAGACCAAAGAAGCUGGAAAAGCUACUGAGGAAACAAGGUCUCAAAGGCAAUUCCUACAGGAUUUUGUAUGGGGAUAUGAAGGAGCUUUCUGGUAUGAUUAAGGAAGCUAACUCCAAACCCAUGAAUCUUUCUGAUGAUAUUGCCCCAAGAUUGGUCCCUUUCUUUCUUGAUACCAUCAAGAAAUAUGGGAAAAAAUCCUUUGUAUGGUUGGGUCCAAAACCGCUGGUUUUUGUCAUGGACCCCGAGCUUAUAAAGGAAGUAUUCUCCAAAAACUAUCUGUAUCAAAAGCCUCAUUCAAAUCCAUUAACCAAGUUACUGGCACAAGGACUUGUAAGCCAAGAGGAAGACAAAUGGGCCAAACAUAGAAAAAUCGUCACUCCUGCCUUCCACCUGGAGAAGCUAAAGCAUAUGCUUCCAGCUUUUUGUUUGAGCUGUACUGAGAUGCUGAGCAAAUGGGAAGACAUUGUUGCAGUUGAGGGCUCACAUGAGAUAGAUAUAUGGCCUGGCCUUCAACAAUUAACUAGUGAUGUGAUCUCUCGGACAGCCUUUGGCAGUAGCUAUGAAGCAGGUAGAAGGAUAUUUGAACUUCAAAAGGAACAAGCUCAAUUUCUUAUGGAAGCUAUACGCUCCGUUUAUAUUCCAGGCUGGAGGUUUUUGCCAACAAAGAGGAACAGAAGAAUGAAGGAAAUUGAAAAGGAUGUUCAAGCCUUAGUUAGAGGUAUUAUUGAUAAAAGAGUAAAGUCAAUGAAAGCAGGAGAGGUGAAUAAUGAGGAUCUGCUUGGUAUAUUGCUGGAAUCUAAUUUUAAAGAAAUUGAACAGCAUGGAAACAAGGAUUUUGGAAUGAGCAUUGAAGAAGUCAUUCAAGAAUGCAAGUUAUUCUAUUUUGCUGGCCAAGAAACUACAUCAGUGUUGCUUGUAUGGACUCUAAUAUUGCUGAGCAGGCAUCAGGAUUGGCAAGCACUGGCCAGAGAAGAGGUGUUGCAAGUCUUUGGGAAUCAGAAACCAGAUUUUGAUGGAUUAAAUCGUCUAAAAAUUGUUACAAUGAUCUUGUACGAGUCUUUAAGGCUCUAUCCCCCAGUAGUGACACUUACCCGAAGGCCUAAGGAAGACACUGUAUUAGGAGAUGUAUCUCUACCAGCAGGUGUGUUAAUCUCCUUACCAGUGAUCUUAUUGCAUCACGACGAAGAGAUAUGGGGUAAAGAUGCAAAGAAGUUCAAGCCAGAGAGAUUCAGAGAUGGAGUCUCAAGUGCAACAAAGGGUCAAGUCACUUUUUUCCCAUUUACUUGGGGUCCCAGAAUAUGCAUUGGACAAAAUUUUGCCAUGUUAGAAGCAAAGACUACUUUGGCUAUGAUCCUACAACGCUUCUCCUUUGAACUGUCUCCAUCUUAUGCACAUGCUCCUCAGUCCAUAAUAACUUUGCAACCCCAGUAUGGUGCUCCACUUAUUUUGCAUAAAAUAUAGUUUAUUACUUGUAAGUAGUGUCUCGUUUUAUGUUAAGCAUGAGUCCAAAAUGUUAAGGCUUGUAGAACUGCAAAAUGGGAAUGCAUUUGCACUCGUGCACUGUAGAUUGUUGUAAUUGGAAUAGCAGAUUGUUUAUCUUAGAGUUUUAAGUUCUGUGUCCA